AUGUCAAGAGACAAUAAUAUCGGAGAGGAAGAGAAGGAUAUUGACCGUUUAAUGCUUCAAGCCUUAAGAACAAUGGAAGAAGAAAAUGAAGAAAGCGAAGACAACGAAGAUAAUGGCAAGGAAAGCAACUACAAAGGCGGAGCUAAACUAAUAGAUGAUGCUCUCAAGGGUAAAAUUGACCCAAAUUCUGACGUGGUUAAUCUUCUAGAGAGUAUGUUUGUGGAUGAGGGAAACAGACACCAUCAACACCCAGAUGGGAUUGGAAAGAUAGCUCGCAGGAAAGGGAAAGUCUUUGGUGACACCCAUGACAACCAUAAACUAACAAAGCAACAACUCAACGAGUUAAAAGGCAAAGGUGGUGGAAGAAAGACGAGAAAUUUCUUAACGACUGCUCCACUUUGGCCCGAUAAUAUUAUUCCAUACACAAUCGACGGCAGUUUAUCCGGAGUUCAAAGUAAUUUGGACGUUAUUAAUGCAGCAAUUCAACAGUUUACAGAUUACACGUGUCUGAAAUGGGUUCCCACAGGCUCAACGGAGGCGCAGUCACUUUCACAUAAUUCCUACAUCGAGUUCUUCUCUGAAAG